AUGGCCCCGUCUCCGGCACCUCACGACCGAACAGCCUUCGGCAACGGCUCCUCGUCCGCAGCCAACGGCACAAACUCAUCUGGAAGCACGUCUGCGUCCAACACAGAACUCUCGGCCGCUGCCGUCGCCGCUGUAUCCUCGUCCCCAACAGCGCAGCGCACUUCGUCCACCAGCUCUACAUCGGGUGCUCCGUUGCAGCGCAUGGGCAGCCGCAGUCCUCGUGGCGCAGCACAGCCCUCGGCAAACAAGUCUUCACCUCCCAGCAUGCCUGGAAAGCUUGACCUCUCGAAAGGUGGCGCCACAUCGACGACACCCGGCACCGGCCGCCCUCUCACAGCAAGGGACGGCCUGGGGAUCCAGGAGGUGGGCCUUGCCUGCCUAUCACCUGGAUUUGUUACCCACGAUCCUGCGAUGAAGGAGCAAUUGCAGCGUAGUAUGACCGUUCGUGAGCAGCAGCGUCAUAUUAUCGAAGCUCGGUUACAGCAGCAAUCCGCCAAGGGCGACGGCACAAUGGACACCUCCAACAAGGACAGCGCCAACCCUUUCGCCGCAAAGACACCCGGCAUGUCCCGCCGAAACAAGGCUCCGCCAGGCCUCUCCAUCGUUGCUCCCUCUCAUGAGACCUUUGCACACGAGCGUGUCAUCCAAUCUGCACCGCUUGGCCAGACGUUCACCGGCAUGCACAACCCACACCCUCUCACUCGCCACAUUACAAACCAGCCGUCGAAGCUGUCCAACACCUCCCACAUCCACCACGUUCCCGCCAACCAGACAAGUAACCGCCUGCCACCCAUCGCCGACGUGUUCGGCCAAGGCCUCUCCGGCCACCCUGAGUCGAGUGGCCAUGCCACCUACCUUCAGCAGAGCGGCCGCCCACCUCUCACUUCGCCCAGCCACCCUCCCCCAAUGUCACACCCGCCGCUGCCACCACACGCACAGCAGCGGCAACAGGAGCAGUCGCAGCAGCAGCAGCAGCAGCAGCAGCCGCCACUGUCUGGCCGGCCAAGAGAAUACCGCUCGGCGGAGGAGGCACAGGCCGAACUGGCAGGCGGCAGACCCGAGCUGCUGCCGAAGCUCGUGCACUAUGGCGGUCACCAGCCGCCCACGCCACCCUCGCCGCAGCACGCUUAUGCUUCGGCCUCGACGAGACCUGCAGAAGGUGGUACACGGAGUACGAGCAGAAGACGGACACGGGCCGAGUACGAAGACGGUGGAAGCCCGCCGCUUGGGACGGGCCGCCCCACCCAGCGCCGCGGUCCAUUUGGCGAAGGCCGAGACAGCCCAGAGACCCAGCGGGCAAAACGCGACGAGUUCCUCAAACUCUGCGAGCGUGCGUGGGACCUCUUCCACUCAUAA